UGCGGGCCGGGUUCCGGGGUCAUUGCGGACGGUCGUGCGCCAUUUUUCCUUCCUUCACUUGGCUCGUCGGGUUCCUUCGUGGGCUGACGACCGAUCCGUCAGAACCCUAACCUCGCAAAUCUUGGGGAGAAAUUGUCCUCGCGCCUGUCUUCCUAUUGUGAUUGUUCUUCCAAUCUGAUCUCAACCUCAAAAGCCGUUCGCUUAAAUUGGGAUUGAGCUUCUUGUCUCUGGAGGCCUGUGAUGGCGAAAGGUGACGAUGCAUCGGCGAUGGAGGUUGACGACGGGAAGCCAUCUCACACGAAUCCCAAGUUUUCUGUCAAUGUUCUGCAGCUUGUGAAGUCUGCUCAAAUGCAGCACGGUUUGAGGCAUGGGGACUAUACGCGGUACCGCCGAUAUUGCAGCGCAAGGUUGAGAAGAUUGUAUAAGUCAUUGAAGUUCACGCACGGGCGUGGGAAGUACAUAAAGAAGGCGAUUACAGAGACCACUGUCACUGAAGUGCGGUAUCUCCAUGUGGUUCUUUAUAUGGCAGAAAGGGCUUGGAGUCAUGCUAUGGAGAAAAGGCAGGUAGCAGAUGGACCUAAUGCUCGUCAACGCAUGCACUUGAUUGGGAGGCUAAGGAAGGCAGUGAAAUGGGCUAACCUUUUUGCACAGCUUUGUUCUGUAAAAGGAGAUUCCAGAACUUCAUUAGAAGCUGAAGCAUAUGCCUCUUACAUGAAGGGGACUCUUCUGUUUGAACAAGAGCAGAACUGGGAUGCUGCAUUGACAAAUUUUAGGAGUGCCAGGGCUGUCUAUGAACAACUUGGUAAAUAUGGAGACAUAGACAAUCAAAUACUGUGUCGUGAGCGUGUUGAAGAGUUGGAGCCUAGCAUCAGGUAUUGCUUACAUAAAGUUGGUGAAUCAAGCUUGCAGACCUCUGAACUUCUAGACCUGGGAAAGAUGGAAGGGCCUGCGUUUGAUCAAUUCCAAGCUAAACUUGAGGCUGUAAUGGCUGAAGCAAGAUCUCAACAAGCUGCAUCCAUGACAGAAUUCUCAUGGCUGGGUCAUAGAUUUCCAGUCGCUAAUGCAAAGACGAGAGUGGCACUUCUCAAAGCUCAGGAGCUGGAGAAAGAUUUGCACGGUCCAUCAUCAGAAGCACUCCCUGCUGAGAAAAGGAUUUCCUUGUUCGAUAAAAUCUUUGCUGCAUAUCAUGACGCCAGGCGCUGUAUACGCAAUGAUUUGGUUACUGCAGGAAAUGCAGAAAAUGUUAAGGAUGAUCUUAAUGGCCUUGACAAGGCUGUCAGCGCCGUCCUAGUGCAACGUACAAUUGAACGUAAUCAGUUGCUUGUUACGAUUGCUAAAAGUAAACUUAGCAGAAAUCCUGAUGACAAGGGUGAAAAACGCACAAAACCUGAAGAACUUGUUCGUCUAUAUGACUUGUUAAUCCAGAAUACAACAGAUUUGACAGAUUUAGUUAGUUCAGGAAGAGAAAGAAAAGCAGAAGAGGUGGCAUUUGCCGAAGAAUAUGAGCUCAAGAGUUCAGUUUAUCAGGCAGAAAGGUGCUUCUAUUUGGCUAAGUCUUAUAGUUCAGCUGGAAAAAGGGCAGAAGCAUAUGCUUUAUACUGUCACGCUCGCUUGCUUGUUGAUGUUGUUCUCAAGAGAUUGCAAUUGGUUGCAGAUCCUGAUAAGUUGAUACAGGAGUUGAAGGUACUGGCCGACAAUUGUAGGUCUAGCAGCUAUAUAGAGCAUGCGACGGGCAUCUUGGAGGAGGAGAAUGCCAAAGAAAGUAUAUCUAAAGGAGUAUCAACAAUCUCGCUUUCUGGUGCUGGAAAGAAGCCGGAAAAAUAUCUCCUUGAAAUGCUCGAGGCCUACGAGUCUGCGGUUGGUGAUUCCCACACAAAAGGAGUUCCACGUAUUGCAAUGUUUCCACCGGCUUUCCAGUCAGUGCCUUGCAACCCUAUUGUCAUGGACAUCGCUUACUACUCUAUUGAAUUCCCUUCGCUAGAGGCAAGAGUAAAAAAGGACAAGAAGAGUAUCUUCAGCAGAUUCUGGGGUUGAAGAUUUCCAAAAUUAAUGUGCUGCACUGUUCUCUUUUCAUGGAAUUUUUACUGAUCCACGUAUUCUGUUUCAUUUACGUUUUGCCAAAAAAUUUUGUCAUUCAUUUCAUCUCCUUAACCUUAUCUUCCAUCUGUGUCUUUUAGUUGGACGUAUACUGGACAGCGACAUGCUCAGCGGCAUGGCAUUAUUUGUUUGUUUUGUUUUGUUUUUUUUUUUCCUGGAACGUCAAUCCUGGCUUCUGAGAGAGUCCCGAAGUUUGUAAGUUCCAGCUAACCUGAACCCAUCCUUUUUCAUUUUGGCGAAGGUGAAUCUGUAAUUUCUCCUUAGCGAAUUAUUGAACGUUCAAGGUAAAACCAAUUCUUUUGAAUGGUAAAUCUCAGAGCAAGUUAUUUGA